AUGGCUUGCAGAUCAGGCUGCUGCGGUCCUCCUCACGAUCAAGCAAUUGCUCACGAUGCUGCGCCUCCAAUCGCCCCUGGUGAAUCAACUGGCGAUGUCCCUAGUGGUGGCGACACCUGCUGCGAAGAGAGCGGUUUGGACAUUGGAUCCGAUGCUGAGAUGGCCGAAUGCAACAACGCCGAUGAUGGCAGAGACGAGAACUGCAACAAUACUCACCAUGGGACACUGGUCGGAGACGCGGUCCACCAGCAGAAGCAGGGCUGCGCUGCGUCCAAGCACGGCAGCAUUGACUCGGAGCAGCCUGAAGAGGACUGCUGCGCGCCGAAGACCAAUAGUGACGGCUGUGUGAACGCUUGUUGCGAGUCUAGGGAUGGGCAGGCUGCUGUACGCAGCGCUCAGCACAAUGCUGUCCAUGAGUCUGCGAACGACUCAGCGAAAAGACCUCCUGGUGUUGAAUGUCAGCUUGAAGGCGACCUCUCUGACCCCCAAUCUUUCCCGGCCUCCUCCAAUGGUCCUGAGCCCGAGCAGGAAUGCUGCGCUCCAAAGCCCAGAGGCUGCUCGUUAGGGUGCUGCGGCUCGAUCAAGGGAAAAGAGUCAAUCGAUACUCCCAAGACCAUAUCAACCAAAGCAAUCGCGAAUAGGACAGCGGUAAAAAGCCAUUCUGAUGCCGACGAAGGUCCGAAAAUCUGCUCAGACGAUAGCAGCAAAGGCUGCUGCUCAUCUAGCCCUGCGCCUGACGUUCAUGAAGAGGAAGCACUCCGCUGUUGUGAGGGUAAGAAGGCACCUUGCUGCGACUCUACUUGUAUCGACCGCCUCGCUUUACGUGAAUGCGUCAGCGGAAUGGCAUCAAAGUCCCUCCACUCGCGCAAAGCCUCCGCUGAGAAUAAUUGCGCCGGUGGUCGAGACGGCAAGCCAUGCAGUGGUCACUCCAAGAGCGUACGUGAGGUCUAUCAGUCGAAGCUUGAUGCCUUGGGAUGCAUCUGCCGUGCACUCCUAGCUCUUGGCCAAGAAUCUUGCUGUGCUCCCCGUGACCGCUCUUCCAUCGACAGGAAGCGAUCUUCAAAGAAGUCCACGUCUCUUCAUCGCGCCUCAGUUGAGUCCUGCUGCACUUCCGCAAUGGACAAGACCGCUUCUAGUCCGGCGGAACGCAAGUGCGGCCAAAAGUUCAUUCGCACCUCAAGAACUGGUACCAAGCCGAGUGCCUAUGCCGAUGGCUGCUGCUCGAAACCCAGGCCCCUGAGUAUUGCUGAAUCCUGUGCCGACUGUUGUGACGAUGAGUCGCCGCCAAGCGUUGAUCACCCACCAUUAUCACAUGUGUCCAAGGGUGUCAGCGAGGAUGUUGAACAGAGACUUACUGAAAAGGAGCACGUGAUUCUGAGCAUUUCCGGCAUGACCUGUACUGGAUGCGAAACCAAGCUUAGGCGGACUCUUGCCAGAAUGGACGCAGUCAAGGACCUCAAGACCAGCUUGGUGUUGGCUAGGGCUGAAUUCGACUUGGAUGUCGGCGCUGUCUCGGUGGAUCAAGUUGUCAAGCAUCUCGAACGAACUACCGAAUUCAAAUGCGAGAAGGUCUCCUGGCAGGGUGCUAGUAUCGACAUCCUAUGCCCCAGCGAACCCCAGGAUUUCAUUAAUCUGCCAUGGCCGAAUGGUGUCAUAGACAUACGUGUUAUGGACAAGACUAGCGUUCAUGUCGAAUUCGAUGCGAAUAUCGUCGGAGCCCGCGAUCUGGUUGAAAAGGGCUGGGGCGCGCCUGUCACACUGGCGCCACUUCGAGCGGACCCGUCGCUGGAGGCUGGAAGCAAGCAUGUCCGCAACAUGGGAUUCAUCACCUUGCUUUCAACUAUCUUGACGAUUCCUGUCCUCGUCAUGGCCUGGGCACCCCUUUCAGAGAGAGAAAUCGUUUUUGGCUCGGCGUCUCUAGCUUUGGCCACCAUUGUACAAGUCGCAAUUGCCGGACCCUUCUAUCUAAAAGCUUUGAAGAGUCUCAUCUUUUCAAGAGUGAUUGAGAUGGAUCUGUUGAUUGUGCUGAGCACAAGCGCAGCAUACAUUUUCUCAGUCGUGUCGUUUGGGUUUCUUGUCUCUCAGAAACCACUUUCGACUGGUGAAUUUUUCGAGACGAGUACCCUUCUCGUCACUCUCAUUAUGGUUGGUCGAUACGUGAGCGCUUUAGCGCGGCAAAAGGCUAUUGAAUCUAUUUCGAUACGAUCUCUUCAGAUGUCGACGGUCUUGAUCGUCUAUCCAUCAGGUGAAGAUAAGGAGAUCGAUGCCCGCCUUCUUCAAUACGGGGAUAUCUUCAAAGUUGUCCCCGACUCCAGAAUUCCUACCGAUGGGACAAUUACCUCGGGGUCCUCGGAAGUUGAUGAGUCAAUGAUCACCGGAGAGUCGGCAAGCAUCGAAAAGUUCAUCGGGUCAUCCGUCAUUGCUGGCACUAUAAAUGGCUCUGGAACCCUUACCGUUCGUCUGAGUCGGCUUCCUGGCAACAACACCAUCAGCAACAUCGCCAGAAUGGUCGAUGAGGCUAAGCUUUCGAAGCCAAAGACCCAGGAAAUUGCUGAUAGAGUCGCAUCCUACUUUGUUCCUGUUGUUGUUGCCAUCACAAUCAUCACUUUCUCAACCUGGAUCGCUAUUGGGAUCACCGUUCGCAAGCAGACCGGCUCCGAGGCAACGAUACAGGCCGUUACAUAUGCCAUUACCGUUCUCAUUGUAUCCUGUCCAUGCGCCAUAGGCCUCGCUGUGCCCAUGGUCAUCUUAAUUGCGAGCGGUGUUGCCGCCGAUAAGGGCGUUAUCUUUAAAUCCGCCGACAGCAUUGAGCUUGCCUAUAAGACUUCACACGUUGUCUUUGAUAAGACUGGAAACAUCACCAAUGGCAAACUCACAGUUGUGCAUGAGGCAUACUUAACCAACGAUCGAGAGGCCAUGCGGUCAUUACUUCUCGGACUGGUCGGGACUAUCAAACACCCAGUUUCUACUGCCAUAUUUACUCAUCUAAAAGCAAACGGUGUCGCACCUACAACCGUUAUGGAUCUCAAGACCUUGACGGGUAGGGGUGUCGAAGCGAAAGUUGACGGAAUCGCCCUCCGGGCUGGGAACUCGCGUUGGCUUGGCCUCUCCACCGACCCCAGAGUUCAACCGGUCCUAUCCGAGAGCUGGACAGCCUUUUGCUUCACUGUGAAUGACUCUUUGGUUGCUGUCUUUGGCCUCGAAGACUCUAUUCGCGCAGACGCUCUCGAGACCAUUUCCAGCCUACAGGCUUCCGGAAUCACUGUUCACCUCCUCUCCGGAGACGAUGAUGGAGCCGUCCAGACAGUCGCUUCAAGGGUGGGCAUUCCUGACAUCAAUGUCCGUUCCCGAUGCACCCCUGGAGACAAGCAAGAGUACAUCCAGCAACUCCUGUCUCAACCUCUGUCCGACGGCAUCCAAGCGAGACCGAAGAAUCCGAAGGAGCCAGUCGUCAUCUUCUGUGGCGACGGGACUAACGACGCUGUGGCACUGGCCCAGGCCACCAUUGGUGUGCAAAUGAGCGAGGGAACAGAUGUCGCAAAGUCGGCGGCGGAUGUGGUUCUCAUGCGUCCAGGCCUGGCUGGGAUUCUCACCGUCAUUGCCAUUAGCAAGAAGGCCAUCCACAGGAUCACCUUCAAUUUUGGCUGGAGCUUCGUCUACAACUUGGUUGCUAUCCUCCUCGGAGCUGGCGCGUUCGUAAACGCCAGGAUUCCGCCCGAGUUUGCGGGCUUGGGUGAACUGGUCAGCGUGCUUCCAGUCAUUGCUGCUGCAGUCCUUCUGCGAUGGAACGCGAUCUAG